AUGACAAAACGAAAAGGAACAAAGAAACCAAUUGACCCCUCUAAACUAACUCCACAAUAUAUCGAAGAGCAACGCCGAAUACGGAAUGAAAGAAAAGAGCGUGAGAGAUUGGAGAAGGAAGCUAAGGGUAUAUUUGACUCGCCUGAGCCAAUUGAGGAGUUUAUAAAGAGACCAAUUUUGCAAGUACAGCCUCUGGAUGAUGAUAAAUUCAGUAUUAAGAUUAUGUCAUACAAUAUCCUAGCACAAUGUCUUAUACGUCGUGAUUUAUACCCCACCAAUGGUAAAAUACUCAAAUGGUCACUUCGUUCAAGGAUUUUACUUGAGGAAUUGCGUUGGUACGACUCUGGUAUACUAUGCUUGCAAGAGUGUGACAAAGUACAGUAUCUUCAUUUUUGGCAAGAGAAUUUGAAAAUAUUAGGUUACGAUUCCAAAUUUUAUCGAUACAAUACCAAAAACCACGGAUUAGUCAUUGCAUUCAAGCAAGAUUGGUUUACGUGCAAACACCAAUCGUUUAUCAAGUAUGAUCAAGAAUUAGAGUAUGAACCAAUCGAGCCAAGGCUACCUGAUCCAAGAAUUGUGACAAACAAUGUCGGACUCAUGUGUUUUUUGGAAUUCAAACCAUCUUUAGUGAAACAGUUUCCGUAUUUGGCGGAAAGGAAUGGUUUGAUUAUUGGCACAACUCAUGCUUUUUGGCACCCCUUUGGAACUUUUGAACGCACGAGACAAAUGUAUAUUCUUUUGCACAAGCUUAAAGAGUUUCAACGAGUUAUGGCUGCGAUAACAGGGAAUAAGAAACUGUUUUAUUCAUUCUUCACUGGUGAUUUGAACUGUGAGCCAUUUGACGCACCUUAUCUUGCAAUGACGGAAAAGCCAAUCAAGUUCACUGAUCGAGCAAAAAAUGUCUUGGGGUGCUCAUUGAGCUACACGUUUUCGAAAGAGAGGGCUUUAGAUAAUGAACUGGGAGAUGAGCCCGAUGGAGAUGACGAAGAAUGCGAUUCAGAGGACGAUCAACCAGGCACUGAAUCCCAAGAGACUGAUCUGAAUGCAUCAGAGCCCCCCAGAUUGAAUAAUCCUCUGGAUCCAGAACCAGAACAGUUUCAAAUCACAAAGGAGCAGGGUGACUUGAUCCACCAACUCGAGGAUGCUCACAAUGGUAUUGGCUUACGUGCUAUAUCCUUAUACUCUGCUGGAUAUGCUAUCGUGCAUCCAGAAAACGCCACACAAUUUCGCAACGAGCCAAGCUUUUCCAACUGGGUUGAAAAAUGGAACGGCAUGCUCGAUUAUAUUUUGCUAAUAGUACCAUGGUCAAAAGAUGAUGACUACUCAAAGAACUGGGACUCGCAUCGAUCCCUUGAAAAAUAUAACAUUAAACUAACAAAAUUACUAAAACUACCAACCGCUGACGAAAUGGGACCUCAACCAAAUGGACAACCUCGAUUGAACCAAUACCCUUCUGACCAUUUAUGUAUUAUGGCCGAAAUACAACUUUCAUGA